AUGUCACCCAAACACCUUUUCGCAGCUUUCGACGUCACGAAACAAGUAUUCUAUACAACACCUUUAUCCAUUGGAAUAGUGAAUCUCAAACCGUUAUUACCAGGUCAUGUAUUGAUAUUACCUCGAAGGGUAGUUCCUCGACUAGCAGAUCUUUAUUCAUCUGAAAUAUCCGAUUUAUUCUUGACUGUACAGAGAAUCGGAAAAGGUUUAGAAGAGUUAUAUAAUGCUCAAGCUUUGACUGUUUCACUUCAGGACGGUAAAUCUGCCGGACAAUCAGUACCUCACGUACACGUUCAUAUCCUACCUCGCCAUUCAACAGAUUUCGAAGGAGAGAACGAUCGCAUAUACCCCUUGUUAGAGCAAAAUGAAUCUACAUUAAGAGACGAUCUGACUCAAUCUGAAAUACCAAUAAUAAUAAAACCCAAUGGCAACGAAGACUCGAGGAAGGGAGUCGCUGAUAAGUGGGAAACACCUAAAGAUGAAGAUAGGAAACCUAGAUCAAUGGAAGAGAUGGUCAUUGAGGCAAAGCGAUUUGAAGAAUAUUUCAAGAAGAUAGAGUGA